UCUUCUGUGUGUGCUAAGAUUGUGCAGCUUCUGGGACAGAAUGAGGUGGACUAUCACCAGAAGCAGGUUGUCAUCCUGAGCCAGGAUAGCUUCUACCGUGUUCUCACCUCAGAGCAGAAGGCCAAAGCCCUGAAGGGCCAGUUCAACUUUGAUCACCCGGAUGCCUUUGACAAUGAACUCAUCUUCAAAACACUCAAAGAAAUCACUGAAGGGAAAACAGUCCAGAUCCCUGUGUAUGACUUUGUCUCCCACUCCCGGAAGGAGGAGACAGUUACUGUCUAUCCCGCAGACGUGGUGCUCUUUGAAGGGAUCCUGGCCUUCUACUCCCAGGAGGUACGAGACCUGUUUCAGAUGAAGCUUUUUGUGGAUACAGACGCGGACACCCGGCUCUCCCGCAGAG